AGAACCGCGAAUACGAAGCCUCAAACCAAACACUUUCAGUUUCGACAGAUGUCUUGCUCGGUAAACACGCGUUGCAUUGCGUAAGAAACUAGCGGACCCGCAUUUCUGUCAUACGAUGACAUACUUACCCGAUUUUUAACAUCGAAAAUCCAUGUCAUUUACAUUACGCGUAAUACCGGUAAAUUAAAUUUUAAUAUUGGCGCGUUUUGUUGUGGUUUCAGCUUUUUGGUUUUUUUUUUGUUUUUUUUUAAUACGGACAUGUGCGAAGAAAUUGUCAGUAAAUCGUGUUGUUUAUUGGUGGAGUGUAUUUUUUUGAAAUUGUCAUUUUAACGAGGCAACAUCUGUCAAAACGGCGGAGGGCGACGCGAGGGUGGGGAGGCGGCAGGGUGCGGGUGCGGCCGACUUCCGCCCGCGCUGCCGACGCCUUCCCCUCUCCGAGCCCUCGAUGAUAUGCCGCCACCGCUCCUCAGGUCCAAUCCACUGUAUAUGGAGGAAGAAGAACAGGAGGUAGUUAUAAUUGUGGAUUCCCUGGAAGAAAGCGUGGGUUCAGCAGAGCACAGUCCGAAGCGAGUGCCGUCUACAUCAUCAGCUUGUAUCUGGACAGGGUAUGGGAGCGGCGCCGGCAGCCACGGGCGCGUCUCUCCAAGCUUACCAAAGAACGAACCAUUCGAAACGGAGCCGCGCCCUUCUGACUCUGACAAGAACGAUGGAUCUCACAACUGCUCGGAUUCCGAUGCCAGUCCGGGCUGCACCCUCUCGAGGAGCUUGAAGAAUGAUAUUCGAUCUUGCCUAGGGGCCUGCAGAUGGGAGAAAGACGUGGGGGAAGUGGUGGAAGCGGCGGUGCGCGGUGCCGGUGGUGUCUCGGCCGCCCGGGCGCGACUACACGCGGCCUUAUUGGCGCUCCACGACCCACGACCGCGCGUGCCCAACCGCGGACCGACCCUGCCAUACUGCGGGCCUGGAGUACGACCCGGUGACGUCACCAUGAUGCCCAAGAACACCGAAAUGUCCUUACUGGCAGCCAGUGCGUUGUUCACGCUGGACGGUCCAAAGAGUCAGGCCUUAUCACGUCGUCUGGCCCGGGGCGAGCGUCGCCGCAGACGGUGUCGAGUAGCCCUGGCGGUGCUGGCGUUACUGCUGCUACUGGCGUCGGUGGGAGCCGUGGAGCUUAUCAUGUCGCGAGGACAGAGGGUCUUCGGAGCCGUCCUGCGAUGACUUGCAGAAUUUCUAUCAGCCCAUAGACGUUCACUGUUGGAUAUAGAUGUCCCCCAAACCACAAAGAUAGGUCUUGUGCUGCUUGCAUCCAUCGGAUCCCCGCGAACCUUAAUAGAUCGUCGGUCCGUCUUGUGGGAGACCUGCCCACGCUACGUCUUCCGGUACGCGGUCGCCACUCAAGAACUUUCCGGCCUCAACGGCUGAAUUAUAAUUAUAAUAAUAAUACCAUCUCGAGAGGCUUGGUCUCAACAAAAAGUCGGUGGUGGCCCAGAUGCAAGAAGCAGUCUUGCUGGACAAUGCCCGUAUAGUUCGCCGGUUUCUCUCCCAAUAGUCCCUAACGCUCCGGCCGAUUGUUGCCCACCUCGCGGAGUAUGUCCUGCCGUCUUCCCAGGCGAGGCAGUGAUUAAAACAAUAAUAAUAUUAAUAAUAACGGCGAGUACUUGCAUAGACAUAACCAAGUGGCUAGAAUUAUCCAUCAACAACUUGCUCUGAAAUAUGGUUUUCUUGAUUCUGCUGUAUCUUAUUACCAAUACCAACCUCAACCAGUUCUUGAAAAUUGUCAUAUUACGAUCUACUGGGACCGAUCUAUUAUCACGGAUAGGUAUAUUGUUGCCAAUAAGCCUGAUAUUGUGAUAAUAGAUCGGUCUGCGCGUCCAGCAUUGUUGGAAGAUAUCACCAUUCUUCAUGACGAGAACCUCGUGAAGGCAGAAAACAAAUAAAAUAAAAUAUUUAGACCUGGCUCACCAGACUACCGCCAUGUGGCAUGUUGAUUCUUCAGUCAUCAUUGAACGAGAAGUUAAAACACUCGCACUAAGCUCACAGUUCCAAAGAUUGUUUCUAUCCAAAAAAUCUAUGCCUCUUUCUGCCUUCGGUUUGAAGGGUGAGGCAGCCGUUGUAACUAUACUUGAGACCUUAGAACUUAUAUCUCAAGGUGAGUGGCGCAUUUACGUUGUAGAUAUCUAUGGGCUCCAGUAAUCACUUAGCACCAGGUGGGCUGUGAGCUCGUCCACCCAUCUAAGCUAUAAAAAAAUAAAAUUAAUUCUGAAAGACAGCCAUCUUUAAAUACGACACUUUAAAAACAAAUUCAUUAUUUUGCGUGAAUUUUCGGAGUGACAAAGCCAUAAAAUGAUUCAGUUUAUUAAUUUAAACAAAAUAAUAAGACAAAUUUUAAAUAAGUAGGAAGAAUGCUAAGAAAUAUUUCAUAUAUCUAAUUAAAAUCUAAAUAAUAUUUUUUUUUUUUAUUGCCUAGAUAUGUGGACGAGCUCACAGCCCACCUGGUGUUAAGUGAUUACUGGAGCCCAUAGACAUGUACAACGUAAAUGCGCCACUCACCUUGAGAUAUAAGUUCUAAGGUCUCAGUAUAGUUACAACGGCUGCCCCACCCUUAAAACCGAAACGCAUUGCUGCUUCACGGCAGAAAUAGGCGGGGCGGUGGUACCUACCCGUGCGGACUCACAAGAGGUCCUACCACCAGUAAUUCAAGGAGUGACAGGCUAUUUUCAAGGAGUGACAGGCUAUUUGGUUGAAGCGACAUUUUUGCAACUUAACAGGGAAGCCGUUUAAGGUUUAAUAUUUAUUUGUAAAAAAAUAUCAUAACAACUUCAACUUCUUCAACUUCUUGAACGAGAUAAACUUAAUUAAGUUUAAUUAAAAAUAUCGAAUUAUUGAUACUAAUCUCUAUAUAUCAAAAUGAAGUGCUGUUCGUUAGUCUCGCUACAACUCGAGAACGGCUGGACCGAUUUGGCUAAUUUUGGUCUUGAAUUAUUUGUGGAAGUCCAGAGAAGGUUUAAAAGGUAGAUAAAUAUGAAAAUGCUCGGAAUUAAAUAAAAAUAAUAAUUUUGUUUUCUCGUUGAUAUGUCCCACGUCGGACGCAUUCCUUUUGUUUGUUUUAAGUUUAUUUUAUACAAAAGUUUAGGUCUUUUAUUUAUCGAUUGAGGCACUACGAAGCCUGCCGGGUCAGCUAGUACCCAAUAAAACGAACCUUUAAUUGCAAAGAUAAAUGUCGCGUAUUAAUCGAAAAGUCGUUUAAGCCAAACAGCUUUUCACCCAUCGAUAUGUGGAUAUGUACAUGUACAUCAGUCUCUAGUUCCCAAACUACUGGGACUCCUAAUAUGGGACCAAACAAUUUGGCCUUGUUAAUUUAUUAACUAAAAUCUGCACCAUGAAGCAGUUAAGUGACAUGAUAUUGUCACUAUUUAGAUAUAUGUAUAACGUGACCAUUUUUUUUUUGUCAAAGCGGAAUUAUAUAUUACAAAAGUAUUUAGUGUUUUACAAGUAUUUUCAUAUAGAAGAUAGAAUAACACAAAAUAAUCAAAGCACUAAACACAAAAUGGUACCCUGUAAUAGUCUGUACCUCUUGUUAAAUUAGCCCAUUUAAACUAUUCUAGCUCUAAGUUGAAUUGAAAAAUAAAUUUUUCGUUUAGUCUGUUUGCAAAAGGCGGAAUUACGUCGCCCUAACUGGGGACAGAAUGCCCGAAUGUGGGAAUGUCCCGCCCAAAUCAGGAAGUGUGGUCACAUUGUUCAUGUAUUAUAUAUAUAACACAGGAGGUGUUUUUCGUAGGUCAAGAUGGUUAUAAUUAUAAUAUUUUGAUUGAAGUUCGAGAAUUGUAUAUAAAAUUGGUAAUCUAAAUAGUUUUGUCUUGUGAUAAUUUGUAAAAUAUCUAAUUACUUUUUUGGUGCACAAAGUGCUGUUUUGUAUUUAGAAUGAAAUUUAUUAAAAAUAAAUAUUGUUUGUGCGUGU